GCAUUCAGCUGAUCAAUUUCCUUUUCCGCUCUACACAGGAAGCAAACACCGACUGAGGAAGUGUCGUUGCAGAAAACCUUUGACAGACCAUACAGAAAACAAACGCAAGAGCGCUGCUGGCCGCGACCCCGGAGCCCGUGGAUGGAAGUCAUGGGUCCUGAAAGAAUCCUUCCGAACUCCGAGGAGGAGCUGGCGCGCGACCGUCCCUCCGACGCAGGAGCCGUGCCCGAGGCCUGGAGCGCGGAGGACAUGGAGGAGGACGAGGCGGGCGCCCCGGACGAAGAGGAGGACGACGACAACGGAGGCUACUACUACCAGCCGCUCAACCAGGACCCGGACGGAAUGGUGUCGGUCCCCACAGAGCCGCCGGAGGAGGCGGGCUCACACGCCGAACAGAUCCAAGACGUCCAGGAGCGCAUACAGGCGAUGGGGCUGCACCUGCCGCAGCCUCCUGCUCCAGACAGUGAUGAUGAAGACGACCCAGAGGGCACCGCUGCAAACAGGAGUCGAGCCUCCAUCCCCAUGGAUGCAGAGCACGUGGAGCUGGUGAAGAGGACGAUGGCGGCGGUGAACCUGCCCUCGCUGGGCGUUCCCUCGUGGGCGCAGGACAUCUCCGACGACCAGUGGAGCGACCUCGUGCAGCACACCCUGCAGACGCGCCAGAGCCACGACUAGAGUGUGUGUGUGUGUGUGUGUGUGUGUGUGUGUGUGUGUGUGUGUGUGUGUGACCAGUGGAGCGACCUCGUGCAGCACACCCUGCAGACGCGCCAGAGCCACGACUAGAGUGUGUGUGUGUGUGUGUGUGUGUGUGUGUGUGUGUGUGUGUGUGUGUGUGACCAGUGGAGCGACCUCGUGCAGCACACCCUGCAGACGCGCCAGAGCCACGACUAGUGUGUGUGUGUGUGUGUGUGUGUGUGUGUGUGUGUGUGUGUGUGUGUGUGUGUGUGUGUGUGUGUGUGUGUGUGUGUGUGUGUGUGUGUGUGUGUGUGUGUGUGCGUGCGUGCGU